AUGUCCGGCUUUGAAGCCAGCACAGCGUAUGUUGAGCCGCUGAGUCGUGUGUUCAAGGCGGUGAGUGCUGUUUCCAAGGAGGGGCAGCUCGUGUUGGACGAGUCCGGAAUCAAGAUCCAGAUCUCCGACUCCAGCCACGCGUUUGCUGCGUUUAUCUUUAUACCGCCCGAGAUCUUUGCCCUGUACGCUUGCUACGGCCACCACGAAGUCAAGAUCGACAUUUCAAAGCUUGCCCUAUGCCUGAAAAUGUACGUUGACUGGUCGCCGCUCAAUCGGCGGACAAAACGGUCUGCGGAGUCGCAGUGCGUUUUCCAGUACAAAGAGUUUGGGCAGUUUGAAUUGAGGUUUUCGCAGGACUCAAUGUCAUCGGUUUGCGUUUUAACUGUGUUUGCAGACCCCGAACUAGACGCCGAUGUGGCUUUCGACGCCGACGAUGUGGUGCUUCAUGCCAUCAUGCCCGGCAGUGUGUUUGAAAACCUGUUGCGGGAGUUCGCUGCCCUUGAAGCCGCGGAACUGACUGUUCGCUCCUCAAAUGCACCCCGCCGACUCCACUUCACUGCGCCUAGCGACCUGGCUGCCACCGAAAUCACCCUGCGCGAGGACCCUAAACUACUUACUGCCCUGAACGUCCAGGAGCCUGCAGGGUUCACCUACAACUUCAAGACCGUCUGCAAAGCGCGCGAGGCGGCGAAACUCGCCAGCCAAGUGAGCAUGAGGGUUGAUUCUCAAGGCGUUCUGAGCACCCAACUAAUUUACGAAUUCGACGAGCAAAAGGUCUUUGUAGAGUUCCGCUUCCUGCCUGUAGAAAACACCAGCUGA